UUCGUGCUUCUCCGUGUGUUAGUCAACGUGAGUUUACUGUGACGAUUGUGACGUUUAAAAACGCAUUACUUUAAAAUAUUAUAUUUUCUAACUUAAUAAUGUUCUUGAUUUUGUAAACAAUAUAAAACGCAACAAUGGCAAGUGGAGAAAGCGGGGAAAAGAAAAUCUCUUUUGGCUUUUCAAAGUCAAUAAAGAAGCCUGUUUUAAACAAAAAUCCUCAACCAGAGAAAAAAGUUGAUUACAUUGAAUGCCUAGAUGAGAAAUCAAUUAAAGUUGUAGGGGGAGAAGAAAAAAAGGAUGAACCUCUUAUCAUUCCUAUGCUGGGAUCGAAAACAUGGCAUGAUCGAAUUUUAAAUAAAGUUAAUGCAGAUAUUUUUGAGCCGAAAGUGGAACCAGUGACAAAUGAAAACGCAAUUAAUGUGAACAUUAAGCAAGAAAUAAUUGAUGAAACUAAUGAUAAUGGAGUUGUACCUGAAUCCGAUAUUCCACAACCAAUGGAAAUUGUAACUGUAAAAGAAGAAAAUCAGAAUGAACCUUUAAAAACCUUAGAAGAACAAGCUGCUUCCGAAAUUUUACAGGAUUUGAAACAGGAACAAGAAAAUACAAAAGAAAUUUCUGCUGUUCCUUUACCUACUGACGAUUCUUUAGUAGGAAAACAAGAAUCUACACUUAACGACUAUGAACAAAUACCAAUUGAAAAAUUUGGAGAAGCAAUGUUACGAGGAAUGGGAUGGCAACCAGGGAAAGGAAUUGGUAAAAAUCAAAAAAUUGUAGCAGCAGUAAUUCCAGAAUUAAGACCUCGAGGAAUGGGUUUAGGGGCAGACAAAAUAACGAUACAAAAGCAAAUAGCUGCGUCCAAAGUAGCAGAAGAAGGAAAUUUGAAACUUGUUAAGGGGGCUUUCAUUAAAAUUAUUACUGGCAAACAGUCGGGUAACUAUGGACAUAUCGAAGGACUCGACGACGACGGUGGCCGAUUAAUGAUUAAAUUAGCUCUUGGAGGAAGUAUCAUUUCAAUCAAUGAGUCUUUAGUCCAACUAGUUACAAAAGCUGAAUUCGAUAAAUACUCAAAAGUGUUAAAUUCUAAGAAGUAUGAGGAAUUUAAAAAUAAAGAGACAAAUGAAAAUUCUGUCGCUGAGGAUCGAGUAAAUAGUGACAGUAGUACAGAAGAAAAUUGGAAACGCGGAAGAGACAGGUAUGAUAAGUCUCGGGAUCGAAAAAAAUCAAAGAAGCAUAAAACAUACUCAAGUGAUGACGAUUCGGAAUCUGAUAAAAGAUCUAGAAGAAGGAAAAAUUCAGAUGAUAGUGAUUCCGAUUAUAAGCGAAAGAAAUCAAAGAAAACAAAAAAACACAAGACACGAGACAGUUCUUCAGAACGAUCAAAUAGGGGCAAAAGAAAACAUAAAGAGAGAAACAGAGAGUCGAGAAACUCAAAAAAGGAGGAAAAAUAUAGAAAUAGAAGAUCUCGAUCGCGUUCCCCUCGAAGGCGAUAGCAGCAAACUGAGCAUUAGUUCUUAAAUUAAUUUGAUAUAUUCAAAGUCGUUUAGAAACAAAAAAUUUCCAAAUGUAUUUCUUCCUUAAUCGUCAAAGAGAAAGAUGUAUAAAAAUACAAGUAACUGACUAUUUAUUACUAUUUUUUUAAUAAGAAGCUUAAGAAUAAUGACAAUUUUCUUAAAUGGAUUUACCAUUAUGUUCACAAAAGAUUGAACGUAAUAAUUUUAUAAUUCACAUAACAUUUUUAAUAUUUUCUUUAAAUAAACCUUAUUUUUUAUACAUGACUUUUUAUACGAAAUAUCCAGAUUUACAUUUUCAUUUGACACAAAUUCUUUAAAGUAAAAUAUAAGUUUAAAUCAAGAAAUUAAUUAUGGAGAAUUUUUGUUUACUUAAGAGGACUUUCUGGUGAAAAAUUAAUAAAAAAACGCACUUUUUUAAACUCUUAUUUUAGAAAAUGUAUUAUAGUUAUUGCAAAUAUUCCUUUUGGAUAUUGUUACAUAUUACAAGAAGAGAAUUUAAAAAAAACAUUUUGAGUGUUUUUAGUUCAUUUUCGCAACUGCAGGUGGCAUCUAAAAAAGGUGCCUUUUAUUCGGGGAGACAGUUUUCGGGCAACAUGUUUUACAUAAAUUAAAAAUUCAAACGGGAUUCUCUUCAUAAAGGUUUUUCUAGACAGUAAACAUCAAAAAUUAUUUUUUUAAUAUUUUACAAUUUUUUACACAUUUAUCUCAAAAAAUCGAAAAAAUUAUUUGUUUUUGGAUUAAUUUACCCCCGUAGAAAAUAACGGGGUAACAAUGUGAAAUUUUAGAGGUUUGUUGUCUAGUAUUUUAGAUAAAGCAUCGAAUGGUUUUUGGUUUUUUAAAAUCGGUUCAGUAGAUUUUGAGAAAAGUGUCUCGCCCUUUUCAAAAAUGUGUUUUCGAGAAAAUCGCUUUUAACAUGUAUUACAGUAAGUUAAGAAACAGUAAUAAAAAUUGCUAUAACUUUUUUUCCUUUACAUAUUUUUUCAACAUUGUUUUGAGACAGUAAUUUUAUGAUAUUAA